UUGGACGAGAGGGACGACUUGUUUGGACAACGCCGUUUGUGCAACCCAACCUCUUUUAAGCGCGUUGUCAGCGUGCGCAUGCUUAUUUGAAUGUCGUGAUUAGUCCUGAGCAUAUCUAUCCAGUAUCACCUAAUAUGUAUGUGUAACGAGAGCAAGAACGCAAGGUGGCGCUAAGUGCCCCAGAGAGUCAGACGUCACGCAGUGGACGAAGAAGACAUUCACUCGUGUUAAAGGAACCAAACCCGAGGUGUAGUUUGUGAGGAAAUAUAUAUUCACAGUAUCCCAAAAGCAGGUUGACUCGUCGGAAAAAUGGUUGGAAAAAUUAAGAACGUCCGCCAGAAGUUGCAUCAGAAAGCUGUGAAGCUGACGUGGCUGCCGGGCUGCGCUUCGUCCAAAGGCAAAGGGUCGGACGAGCCUUUCGCCUGCCUACCGCACCAGCCAAGUCAUUCACAUGUGGACAAUGGCUUUCCUGAAGUUACAGGGAAGAUGCAAACCCAGGACCAAAUGUCUUCCCCUGCUGGGAUAUUUUCAGGUACAAAAAUUGCUCCAGAAGCCCUGAGGCAGACAUUAACAUUCAAAGACCCUCCAGCAGCCCCCAUACCUGCCAAGGCAGGAACCCCUGAAGAAAAGAAAGUCAAGUCAAAGAAAGAAAAGAUGAAAGAAAGAAGGGAACGAUGGCUCAACAAGAUAAGCAUUAUCAAGUUGACAAAGGAGCGUCAAGCGGCACAGGCCCGGCGGCAGGCCACUCCGGUAGUGGGAGACAUGAGUGUGCUUGCGGAAGCCCUGCCUGAGCUGUCGGAGCUCAUCGCCCCGGCUACCACAGCCUGCAUAGCCCCCACAGCUCGCCGGAAAAGCAAAGUGCCAGUCAAGAAGAGCACGGCAACCGAUUUCAGUCAGAUGAGACCGCUACAGAAACGCAAACUUUUGGAGUCAGAAAUCAGUAGGUUUGGUGAGGCGGUCAAAAUCCUCAGCAGCAAAAGGAAUCCUCUCAACGAUAUCGCUGAGCAUCUGAGGAAGCGACUAAAGCAUUUAGAAGAAGGUUCCAGUUAACGUCAACUGUCGACUAUAACUUCAACCCAGACUCUUCUGACAACAGCCUUUCAGUAAUGUUUUUAGCUGAUGAUCAGCAAUAAAAUUCUACUUUCAGUGAG